CGCUGCCUCUAAUCAGCUCUGAGUGGAUUUGCAGAGAUUUAAUCAAGUUUUUUUUUUCUUUUUUACGGUACGCCGCAAUUGGAUCAAGCGGCGCUAACUUGUCCGCAUGUCUCCAAUCAGCUGACGCUUGUGAUAGUACUACGCGUCCCGACUCUCCCGGGCCUAUGUUUAUCUGUUAAUUGUAAACAGCCUUUAAAGUUUUUACAGCGCAGGAGAUUGCAGUUACGGGGAAUUGUGCGAGCGGCGUUUGGAUGAAUGAUUGACUUGUGGUCAAGACAAAUGAGGAAAUAAUACAGUACAGAUGGGAUUGUUUUAUAAUGCGACGCCAGGAAUUAAAAAUCAUGACGUUGCAACUGCGCCCUCUAUUGGCUGUAACCAGCAUAAUUGGCAUGACCUACGAGCAAUCUGAUUGGACGUUUUGUUUGCUUUUAAACGCAGCUCAUAACAUUUAUUUCUUGAUUUAUGGUUGCACUAUUUUGUGUGUUUUGUAUUAUGGUCGUUGCAAUUGAAGGUUUUUAUCGUGCAAUACUUGGCAAAAAGAACUACCGUCAUUCCGGCCCAAUUGCCGCAACUUUUUUCCACACCCUUUCAACCCUGCGGUUUAUGCGGCGAUGCGGCUAAUUUGUGCAUUUUUUCCUAACGGCCGCAAGGGCGCACUCGAGCGGAAAAGGUAAGAGUGAGACCGGUGGAAUAUAUGUGCCGAGGAAGUGACUUUUACCAGCUCUGUUAGCGCUGUGCCAGCGUGUUGCUGCUGUGUUACUGGCGUGUCUCGGUGAUAUUUUCCGGUAAGUUUUAUUUAAACCAGCCCUGUUCGCGCUAGUGCUGGCACUAGUGCCAAGGAAGUGACUUUUAGAGGUCCGGCCCUGUUAGCCAGCACUGCGCUAGCGUGUUACUGCCAUGUCUCAGUGGUUUUUACUGGCAUUUUUUUUUUUUUUUUUUACUGGCAACGUUAGCGUGGAGGUAGUGUUAGCGCAGCGGUGCUACUGCUAGCAUUAGCGAGGCACCUCUAGGGUUAGCACUAGGGGCAAGAAAGUGACUUUUACCGGUUUGGCCCUAUUAGCGCUGAGCUAGCGUGUUACUGCCGUGUCUCAGUGAUGUUUACCAGUAUGUUAUUUUUAACCGGCCCUGUUACCGUGGCGCUAGGGUUAAUGCAGCGGGACGAGUGUUUGCGGGGCGGUGCUAGCGUUAAAUUUUCUGUGUACCGUCUUUGUAACUAUCUUGUGUUUCAAUGUGGGAUUCAAUUUGGGCACUUAGGGCUUUUACACAGCUGCGGCGUAUAUAUUUAUGUAUGUACCAAACGGUAUUUCCUUUAUAAACGUACUAGGUGAUGCUUAUAACCAGGUGCGCUUCGUAGGCCGGGUAUUACGCUACUUUUGUCGAGACUAAGCAACGCAACUCCCUUCAACAGUUCUUUUGCACCUAGACUCAAGCAAACAGCCAUUAGGUGAGUUUUCCAGUGAGAAGCCCGCACGGGGGUGUAAAUGAACCGCAAACGGCGUUGACUUGCGUGCUCUCCUUUGAUCUUGGUCAGAAUUUUCACAAUUUCCCAGUGGCCUCGGGGAUGAAAGCCACUCGAUCGGUUUCCUUUGUGGCCCCGCCGUGACAUCAUUUUUCCAUGUCAGUUGAAGUCCAUCAUCGGGCUUUUUUCUUUUCUUUUUUUCUUUUUUUUUUACUAUAAUUACAAAUGGAGUGGAAGUGUUAAUUAGGCAGUUCGGUUGCGUUCUUGACUCGACCCGGUGUCGUCAAAGUGUGCUGCUUUAAGAGCUCGUCGAAUAGUGGGCGGGGCGAGCGAGCGCGCAGGCCAAUGAAUGGCCGCCUCUGUUUAAAUAGUCCUUCAUGUCAACUUGCCUUCCUUCCUUCACACCAACGCCAUGUUGCCUUUGACGACUUGACUUCUGCGUGUGCGUCCGCAUGUGCGUUUGCGGCUUUGCGAGCCCACUUGACAGGAGCGCUUUUUAAACCUCCCUCGUGGCUUUUCUGUGGAUUUAAAAAAAAAAAAAAAAACUUUAUGCAUGGCGCACCGGAGUACCAGCGCCGCAUUCCCGUUGUGACUGCAAAGGAAUACGAUUUGGGAUUUUAGGGUUUUUUUUUUUUUUUUUUUUUUUUGGGGGGGGGGGGUUCUGUCAUAUGUGCAACAACAUGUCAGACGUGCGCCUUUCCAACGCGAGUCCGCCGCUGGAGAGGGUCGACGCGCGGCAGCAGGACGUCGUCCGACCCCCGGUGUGCAAGAACCUCUUCGGAACACCUGACCGAGAGGAGGUGCGGGCCCGCCUGAAGGCCACCCUCGAGGAUGACGUCCGCUCCUUCACGGAGCGCUACAACUUCGAACCGGACGGGGGCCCGCUCCCGGACGGGAACUUUAAGUGGACGGAGGUCUCGGACCUGCCGGAGUUCUACACCCGGCCGCCUCACAGGAGGCAGGAGCCGCGGGCGGAGCGCUCCGGAGAGCGUUCUCGGAGCCCAAAGAGAGACUCUUCGAAGAAAAGACCGUCGGAUGCUGCAGGUGACAACGACCACAACAACAAGCGCACGCCCUCUCCAACGCAUCUUCGCGGACGUCGAAUUUCCUGCUUUUCACCCAACUACGCUGAUUUUUUUUAUUUUAUUUUUUUUUGGGGGGGGGGGGUGGCGAGGACGUGCAGCUACGCACAACGAUUCUCCUCACUCCUUCCCCUUCUUGUCUUCCUCCUUUUGACGGCUUUUAUUUUAUUUUUGUCUUCCCGUCAGGUUUGUCGAGCGAGUGUCCGAGGAAGAGGUCGCACUCCGGGGGGGACGGCAACGCCGACGAGCCGCCCCGUGGCGCCGGAGCUCCGGCGCCGCAGGUCUCGUAAACAGAGGGUGAAACCAGCUCGGCAGCAUGGGGAAGAACCCUCAACAGACCCCAUAGGAAGGCAAUAGAGGCUGCACAAGCACUGAAAUAUGUACACUAUCAAGUUUUGGCACUCUUAUUUUUUUUUAUUAUUCUUCUUACAUGGCCUCAGAAGCAGCAGACAAUGUAGCAAGAAGUGUGCAAAUUGAUUAUCAUCCCCCCUGACUUUCCCUCCAUUUUUGGGUUCUUACUACCUAUUUUUGUUUUUAUUUUUAGUUUUUUAUAUAUGUAGCACAUAAAAAGCAUUAUGCUUUUCAUGCCUGUGUCUUUGAAUAAGUGUGCAUUUUGACACGGGGGGAGUUGCAGUGCAAUUUCCACCCUAUAAAAAGAUGUUUUUUUUUCCAAGUGGUCAUUAAUGUAUCAUUAUUAUUCAGGUAUUCCACUUUUUUUUUGUUAAAUGCAGAUUUCAAGAAGUCAGGGUUGCAUGGAGACUUUUUUUUUUUUUUUUUUAAUUAUUAUGGCUUGGUGUCCCAUUGUUUAAGCUUGCUGCACUGGGAAGGUUCCAUUUUUAUUUUAAUUUUUUUUUUACCUGGGCAUAGCCACGUUUACAUUUUUUUUGUGCCCCCUUUUCUUUAUUAUUAUAAACUAUCAGGGUUUUGCCAAAGUGUGAGCCUUUAUUGGCUUUGCAAUAUUUGACCAAAUUUCACAGUAUUUGCCGAUCAUCAUCCAUAGAUAUUUAAAGUAUGUAUGUUUGGUUUAUUCUGCAGCCCAUCGUGUUGAACUGUGGUGUCCAGAUAUUUUUUUUCUUUUUUUUAAAUCACCAAGCUACUUAUGCAAAUAUGUGAAAUUCAUGUGGAACAUGUAAUUGCACUAUUACAAGUUUUUUUGUGGAGUAGGCAGAAAAAAAAAAAAAACAAAA